AUGGCAUCUAACAUCUUACCUUUAUUCUGGCCAUUGGCUAAUUCAAGUAAAGAUGCAAGAUUAACAGCUUCAGCAUCAUUGGUAUCAAAUCUUGAAAAUUUCCAACAAUCAUUCGUAUCUUCAAAACCCACCACUUCAUCAGAAGAGAAAUCAGACGAUGACGAAGAUGAUGAUGAUGAUGAUGAUGAUGAUGACGAUGACGAAUCAGGGAUGGAAGUGGAUGCGUCAGAUGAAGAAGAGGAUGAUAUUGAAAAAAGGAGGGAAGCUGAAAAAUUAGAUAAACGAUUAAGCAAAGAUAAUUCUGAAGAUGUAGUUUAUUGUGUCAAGAGAUUGAUCAGAGGUUUGGGUAGUUCAAGAGAAAGUAGUAGACUUGGAUUCGCAGUAACUUUGACUGAGCUUUUAUCACGUAUACGAACAGUCACUGUAUCUCAAGUAUUAUCACUACUCAUUCGAAACUCAAGAUUUUCCCAAGGGAUGAAAGGAUCAGAAGAAAGAGAUAUGAUGUUUGCCAGAUUAUUCGGAUUAACGUCUAUAAUUCAAUCGAAAUCGUUAUACAACAACACAGCUACAUCUAAAGAUUUCGAAAGAGUAGUGGAUGAAUUGAUCAAAUUGGGUGAAGCGAAAGCUUGGAUGAGAGAAAGUGCUUGGUGGACUUUAGUUGGUGCUAUUCGAUCUUUGAUUGAAAGUAAAGUAGAAUGGAAAAAUCAAGCUCUGAAACAAACUAUCGAAAAUGUCUUACAAGGUAAAUCUUGGAAUUCAGAGAAGGUUGCUUUGGUUUUAUUACUUGAGAAUAAAGUUGAAGAUAUUGAUUGGAAAUCAUACCUUGCACCAACUUUCAAACAUACCCCUCUACUCAAUUCUCACAAUCUCGUCACUCUGGGUCGAGUAUUAAAGGAAGCAUCCGCCGAAGAUGACGACAGCGUCUCCACAUCGACCAGUGGCACCUGGAAACCUCAAUUGCAUUUCGUAUGGAAUAUCGUUCUCGAGCAUUACUUUCCUCAAUCUGGUACAGAGACUACAACGACCGGUGAAGCACCUUUCCAAGAUUUCUUCCGGAUUGUAGUUGACGAAUCACUUUUCUCAAAUACUGCCUCACCACAAAGACGAUAUUGGGGAUUCCAAGUAUUUGAAAGAUCACUUCCACUUUUACCAUCAACCUCCAUGCCAUUGAUAUUCACGCCCAACUUCAUGAGAUGUUGGAUGAACAACCUCUCAUCGUCAGAUAGAUAUCUUCAUAAAGCAGCUUUACAAAUCGCCAAAAAAGUACAAGAAGUAACCAAACAAAACUCACAAGUUGGAUUCACACUUCUUAGUCAAUUGGUAGGAAAACACGGUAGACAAGAUUUUGAUAAAGUCACUAAAACUAAGACUGUCGAAUCUAUCAUGGGAAGUUUGAAUAUCGAAGGUACAAGAGAAUACGUUAAAUACCUGGAAGAUAUCAUAGUGGGAGGUGGCGACAACCUUGAUAGUGCUAGAAUCGACGAGAGGAGAUUAUGGGCUCUCGAUCAGUUACUCGCCUUGUCCCGAAAUGGUUCCGUACCGAAAGAUGACGAAUGGAUCUCAUCUGUCAUCGACUUCUUGAUCGUCCACGGAUUCUUCCUCAUUCGAAAGGCGAAUAAGAAGAGCGCUAUCACUGCUCUACAUGCUAUACCUAAACCUGCUUUGUCAGAAACCACCGCAGCGGCUUGUCGAUCAAGGUUGAGUAGCUGUUUAGUAGAAUUGACCACUGCUUCUAUAUCUCAGCGAGCUUCUGACGAGUCCAAACCUGCUAGACAACAAGGCUGUGAUCUCAGCGGCAAACUUUGGCUUAGAAGAGCUCUCGAUACCAUUGCUACGUUGGAGAAAGACUCUAAGCACGUCGAGCUUACCACAGAAUCAGAUGAAGAGAUCGUUUCCAUCCGAAAAGAAGCUUUGAAAACUUUGUCUGCUCUGGAAGAUGUUAAAGAAGAUCAAAAGGAGGUCGCUAAAGGAGCCGAAAUAUUGUUGGCAUUCUUUGUUCUUCAAACCUAUGAUGAGGUUGAAGAUGCUUUAGACCUUCUUGAGGACGUCAACACUGCCGCUCAACGUCUGUUCAAUCUCCCUAUGUCUUCUGACGAAAUCGACGAUGAACACGCUCCCAUUGAUUCCCUUCUUGACGUCCUUAUCGCUCUUCUCGAUAAAGGUUCAAGCGAUCUUAGAAAUCUGGCCAAUUUGGUUUUUGCAAUGGUUUCGUCAGCAUUUACCGAAUCUAGCAUGAAGCUCUUGACAGCUCAACUCGAACAAACUGUGGCCGAUGCUGCUGCCGAAUCCGAGGCCGAAGACGAGGAAGAUGAUGAACAGGAUGAAGAGAGUUCUGACAAUGAUGACGAAUCAGCAGAAGAUGAUGAAGAAGAAUCCGAAGCCGAAGAUGACGACGAAGAUGAUCUACCGCCUGUUGAUCCAGCAUUCAGGCAAAGAGUAGCCGAAGCUCUCAAUGGCGCCGGUCUUGGUAUCGAUGACGAAGAGAAAGACGAUGAUGACGAGUCAAUUGCAGAGGUUUGGGAUGAUGACCAAAUGAUGAAGGUGGAUGAGCAAUUAGCAGAAGUCUUCAGACAACAAGCUGCUGGUACGAAGAAGACUGAUCUAAAACAUCUGCAAAUCGAGUCACUGCAUUUCAAGAACCGAAUUCUUGACUUCUUUGACGUUUACUCUAAGAAACAGUCAUCCAAUCCAUUGAUCUUAUCAGUCGUCAUUGGAUUAUUGAGAAUAGUUCGAGGAGGUGGAACAUCAGAAAACGAAUUAGCAAAUAAAGCAGCUGGUAUAAUCAGAUCAAGGUUUAAUAAACCAAAAGAAGUACCUUCGACCGCUGAUAUAACCAAAUCCAUUGAACUUUUGAAAGAAAUACACGAAAUGGCGAUCAAAGCCAGUUCAGCUGAAUUUUCCAAUUUAUGUUCAUCCUGUUCGUUAUUCGUAAUCAAGACUAUCGAUAAUUCAGGAGAUUCAGCAAUGAUUUUAGAAGUGUAUGGAAAUACAUUAAAAGAUUUCAUGACUAGGAAAUCAUCUUUAAUACAUCCAAAUUUCAUCCUAGAUUUCAUAAAACGAUUCCCAUCAAAAGCGUUUGGAUUAUACGAGAAUCUGACGGAAUUUGUCUUACCUGGAAAAGGUGUAAACUCAUACAGACAAGUUCAAGGUUACACAAUGCUUCAAAAUAUAACACAACAUUUACCAUUAAUUGUAAAGUCCAAAUCCGUCGAACAAGAUGAGAUUAAUAAAUUCGUCAAGAAGUCAAGUGAGAGUUUAUUUGUUCUAUUAGAGAGUAUAUCUGGAGAGAACGAUUUGAAUGGAUGGAACGCUCAGAAAUUGAAAGAUGUGAUCAAAUUCGCACUGGCUUUAGCUAGAACAUCUAAGAACCUUUCAAUUCAAUGGGAUAUCGAAAGAGUUGAAUCAGUAGGAAACGGAUUCAUGAAUGGUGAAAAGACAAAAGAGAUGAAAGGUGUUAUAAGUAUGUGGAAUCAAUUGAAGAGUAUAAUCGGAGCAGGUGAGACCAGCAGCAAGAAGAACGACAAGAAGAAGAAGAGGAAGAACGCGGAAGAGGUGGAAGGGGAAACAAUGGAUAUUGACGUUGAUGUUCAAGACGUCAAGGAGAAGAAGGAGAAGAAGGAGAAGGUGGAGAAGAAAGGCGAUGAUGAACAACCAAUUAAGAAGAAGAAAAAGACUAGUGGGGAGAAGAAAGUUGAUGGUGAUGAGGAAAAGAAAAAGAAGAAGGUGAAGAAAACUUCGACGUAA